CCCAGCAAAUGGUAGGGUCACUGGAAAUUCCCCACACUCAUUCCACCCCGUCGCUUGCAGCAAAUGUCAUGUCCAGUGUACAUUCUGCCUCAGAACUUGAUUCCUUACCAAACAACCAUCAGCUCAGGCUGAUGAACGUUCCAUCCAAUGGUUCAGAGAAUAACGUUAUACUGUCUGCGUUAUCUAGCCGCAGUGCUUUUGUACCCGUCACAAGCCAUAAACAGCUGGUCAGCACCAUACUUAAAGAAGCUAAUCAUGAACUAUUAGAACAUAGUCAUUCCGUCCCACUGUCUGAAUCUUGUCAAACAAAACUUGACCAUUUUGGUCAAAACACAUCAACUUCCACCCAGGCUAAUUCAAAAGUGGAAAGCAGCCAUUCAUUUUCAAGCUCCGUUGACGGAUCUCAAUUCAGUAAACACCUGCUAAGUGUCUCUUGUAGUUCGGUCAUGGACUCUUCUUCAAAAGCUGAUGUCUAUCUUUCGUCCAACUGUUCCAGCACCCAUUCUUCUGUCACCCCGUCGACUGCCACUUUGAACUGGCCUGGUGGCACAGCCAACUCUGGAAAUGAAAGUGCUUUCACCAGCCCCAUCACCUCAUUCAUAACAUCGACUGCACAAAGUUACCCAUCCAAAAAAGAACAUCUCAGCACCAGUUCUCCAAAUGUUCAUGUCUCUGGUGCCACAACCUCUUUAAAAUCUGGCACACCCGGCCAAUCUCAGAUAACUGCAAUAUCACCCAGUCCCCACACAAGUCACACAAAUAGUUCACCUGCCACCCCGCCGCGGCGAGUCUGUAGAAACAGGUUUACUCCCAUCCGUCCCAAAAUAGGUGGAGCCCCUUCACCUCAAAAACUUGUGACUGGCUCAACAACCCCAUCGCCUCAGAAGAAAGACAUUAGGAAAGUGUCCACCAUUUUAAAGGAGCAUAGGUUAAAAAUUGCCCAGGAUUUGCUUGUAAACCUGGCCAACAGUUAUCAAGGGGAGGUCAAACUUCAGAUGCCAGCCGAGCUCUUGGGUUUAUCGCCCGGUAAAUCAAAAUCAGCUGAUGUGCUCGUCACUAUAGGGCCACCAAGUAACAAAAAUCAACAGACUGGAAACACCACCAGUCCCCAGUUGUGGCCCCUGAUGAAUCCUAGUCCCCACCAUCAGGACAUGAAAGUUGUUGUUGAGCCCGUCACUCAGGUAACAUCCAACACAAGCCCAGCAUUCUCUUCCACUCUUCUGUCUCCACCGCCUGGUGCAGCACAACGACAGAACACUGGUCAGUCCCUUGGUCUUCAAGUCAUCACUUGCCACAAAGGGGGGAACAACCUUGGGCCACCUCUGGCCCUGUACUCCCCAACAUUGUCUGUUGGCCAUGAGGAACCAGCAUCAAGCAAACAAGUGGUCAUCUUAUCUCCAC